GUGACAGGUACAGAAAGAUAAAUGACAUGAGUCAACCAUAUAAUCAAUGCACAGAGCUCUCAGAAUGUUUCCUACUAAGACUUUGCAAUUUUGCUUUAUACUUACAUUGUGCUACUGACGUUAUUCAAGUCUCCAUAAUGUGUGAAAACAGCAAGGGGUAAUCAACACUGAACAAUGGUAGAAACAAUAGUGAAAUGGUUGUAAAAGGUAUUGAUCAUACACGUCUGUUUGGUCGCAAGCUACCUACAACACAACAAAUAUGGAUAGGACACCUGAUACCUAUGGUCAUAAACUGUUCUCUAUAUGCAGUAGACUUUGGAACAAGUGUUGCACUAGCAUGGCGUUAUUUUGAAGAGCAAAAUUAUGUCUGGGGUAGUUUCACUGUCCUCUUCAUAUAUUUGCCUUCUCUAGUAUUUUUUGUGCAUACAGUGUCUAAGCCACAUUUGUGGGAGGAACAACCCAAUACAACAAAAACUGCUCUCUGGUUUUUGGCACGUUUUCUGCAAAUUGUGGCAUUCCCAGUUUGGGUUAUUUACAGGUAUACAAAGCAACUCUUUUGGUCUGUUGAAGCUUUACUUAGAGAUGGCGAAGAGCAACAAAAUGCAAUAGAGAUAGCAGGAAAACCAAGUCGAAUACAUCUGUAUUUGUUUCUUCAGGCUUUCCUCCAAUCAGCACCACAAGCUUUCCUGCAGCUUUAUGUUCUACUUAAACAAUACGACAAUCAAAUAGAAACAGAUUAUAUGCAUGUGACGUGCAUAAUUUCAUCUCUUCUGAUCUUAUCAUCAACUGUAGCAUCAUUCCAAUUAUUUGAAAGCCAGAAAGUACUUGGUCGAAGUAAGCCAUGGUCUUUAAAAAACUGGCUGCAGCAAGAUGACCACAACAAAAAAAUAUGUAAAGGUAUGGAAACCAAUGGAUCUGAAGCAAAAGAAGGUGACAAUUUCACUAAAGAUGAAGGGCAGACUACCAUUUUUCCUGAAUCAUUCUGGGAAAACAUUUCAAGAGUCGAAGACAUAAAACAGCAAGAAACUGAAUAUCAACAAUAUACACAUGAUUGUGAACUGAGUGACAGUGAAACUUCAACUCCAUAUUUACAGCCAAAAAAUGGUCCUUUAUCAAAGCAAGACAUCUCACAACAAAAUGACAGACAUUCAGGUGACAGUUCUAGUGAGGAUCAGGAAUCCCAUAUUGGCCAUGAGGAUAGGUAUUUGGAGCUUUCUGGUUCACAAGAAACACACACUGUGCAUCACUCAUCACAUGAGCAAACUGUGCAAAGUGAUUACCUUUCUUUAAGGCCUCCUGAAGAAGAAGCACCUCCACCACCGAUACUAGUUAACAAAAAUCAGCAAAAUUUCAUAAUACGUUCCCUUCAAGCAUCUCAAACUCUUGAAACUGUUCCUCCUCAAUUUAGGAGUACAGUUUCAUCACUCUCAUCAGAAGAAAAACUGCAGAAAACAGGAUCAGAACUUGAUGAUCCCAUGGGAAUGUGUGUUUCAGCUUUGUACUGGUUCCUAUUUCUUCUUUCACGCAUGUUAGCUAUAGCAAGUUUUUCACAGUCUUUUCCAUUUGUGGCAUUUGGUCUAUGUGCUCUGCAAUAUGUACUAACUGCUACUAUUCUUCUUUAUAAAAAUAUUUCUCAGCUUGAAAAAGUAUUAGCUCGUCUGAGUCUCAGCUACAUUUAUCUGUUCUGUUUAAUAGAAUUUAAAAUUAGAUUUAGAAGAUGGCUGCUUAGUUACAUUAUAUAUUUCUUAAUACUGAACAUUGAAGAUGUAAUAAUAACAUCCAUAUGGUUUAUUUCAAUAGAGGUGAAAGGUUGGUGGGAAACAUAUGUGCUAGUUCUAAUGUGUGCAAGCAUGGUGUUAAGUAUGCUAACAUUUGUCUACUACCUUUGUAUAUUGAAGCCAAAAACAGUGAAAAUGUAUGACGGAAUGUGACAAAACUAAAUUAAUAAAUUCAUCUGCACUUACUGUACAUGCAGCACACACC